AUGGGGAAUUAUAGGAUGUGCUUAUGCUUCACAAGGAAGUUCAGGGUGACGGAGGCAGAGCCGCCUUCGGACGUCAAGGAGGCAUUCAACAAGUACGCCGGGGACGGGACCCACAUGACAGCAGAACAGCUGCAGCAUUUCUUGGUGGAGUUUCAGGCGGAGAGUGGCAGCACGUCCGCGUCCGAAGCCGAGCGGAUCAUGGAGCAGGUACUGCAGAAGAGGCACAACAUUGCCAAGUUGAUCAGCAGGGGCACUCUUCUCACCCUCGACGACUUUCACCAUUACUUGUUCUCUUCCGAUCUCAACCCACCUAUUCGAGCUCAGGUAGUUCAUCAGGAUAUGACGGUUCCACUGUCCCAUUACUACAUAUACACAGGUCAUAAUUCAUACCUGACCGGAAAUCAGCUCAGCAGCGACUGCAGUGAUGUUCCAAUCAUAGAGGCACUCAAGAGAGGUGUAAGAGUGGUGGAGCUUGAUAUUUGGCCAAAUUCCGAAAAGGACAAUGUGCAUGUUCUUCAUGGAAGGACCUUGACAACUCCUGUGGAACUUAUUAAAUGCUUGAAAUCGAUUAAAGAACAUGCCUUUUCUGAAUCUCCAUACCCUGUCAUCAUAACUCUUGAAGACCACCUUACCCCUGAUCUCCAAGCUAAAGUAGCACAGAUGCUCAUUGAGACAUUUGAGGAUAUGUUGUUCUACCCUGAAUCAGAAUUUUUGAAAGAGUUUCCAUCACCGGAACAACUCAAGUACAGAAUUAUUAUUUCUACGAAGCCUGCUCGGGAGUACCUUAAGGCUCAAACUGGGAACGGAAGGGGAGAUGACUUACAUAAGAGUGAGGAAGAAGACUUAUGGGGGAAGGAACCAUCAGAGCUUAAUACAGAUGAACAUGAAGAAGAUGAUGAUACGAGUGAUAGUGAUUCAAGUGAGGAUAACAAUGGCGGCAAUAUUGGUGGAUUGUCCUCACCAGGAGCACGCAAAUACAAACAUCUAAUUGCAAUCCAUGCCGGAAAACCAAAGGGUGGUUUAAAGGAGGUACUAAAAAUUGAGCUUAACAAAGUUAGACGCCUUAGCUUGAGUGAACAAGCACUUGAAAAGGCUGCUGAAUCUUAUGGAACGGAUAUUGUUAGAUUUACCCAGAAGAACAUUUUAAGGGUUUAUCCAAAAGGUACUCGGUUUAACUCCUCCAACUACAAGCCCCUUAUUGGUUGGAUGCAUGGCGCUCAAAUGGUUGCAUUCAACAUGCAGGGAUAUGGUAGAUCUCUUUGGCUGAUGCAAGGGAUGUUUAGAGCCAAUGGGGGCUGUGGUUAUGUAAAAAAACCGGAUUUUGUUAUGAAGAAUUUAGAUAAUCAGGUUUUUUAUCCUAAGGCAAACUUGCCGGUAAAGAAGACUUUAAAGGUGAAAGUGUAUAUGGGAGAUGGAUGGCAUUUGGAUUUCAAACACACACACUUUGAUUUAUAUUCCCCUCCCGAUUUCUACACUAGGGUUGGCAUAGCAGGAGUGCCUGCAGAUGAAAUAAUGAAACAAACCAAGAAAAAAGAGGACAUUUGGAGACCUUCAUGGGAGGAAGAGUUUACAUUUCAACUGAAAGUUCCUGAGUUGGCUUUGCUUCGAGUUGAGGUUCAUGAGCAUGACCUUUCUGAGAAGGAUGACUUUGGUGGCCAAACUUGUUUCCCAGUCUCUGAAUUGAAACAAGGGAUUCGUGCAGUCCCUCUCUUUGACCGCAAAGGAAACAAAUACAACACAAUAAGGCUUCUAAUGCGAUUUCACUUCAUCUGAGAGCAUUUGGUUCCCCUCAUUCCAAUGGCAAAAUCAUUUUUUGUUUCUGUACUGUACAUAUAAUGAUCAUAUCACUGUGAAUGUGGUCCAAGA